CCCCGCGGCUUUGUGGCCGCCACCGGCUGGGCCCACAGCGCCAAGUAUGGCAAAGGCGUUGGGCGGAUCUGGCUGGACAAUGUGAAUUGUGCCGGAGGUGAGAAGAGCAUUGGGGACUGCAAACACCGGGGCUGGGGGAACAGCGACUGCAGCCAUGAGGAAGAUGCAGGUGUCAUCUGCAAGGAUGAGCGCAUCCCAGGCUUCAAGGACUCCAACGUCAUUGAGACCGAGCAGAGCCACGUGGAGGAGGUCCGCCUGCGGCCAGUGGUGUCUGGGGCCCGGAGGCAGCUGCCAGUGACAGAAGGCAUUGUGGAGGUGCGCUACAAGGAUGGCUGGGCACAGAUCUGCGACGAGGGCUGGAACAGCCAGAACAGCCGUGUCGUCUGUGGCAUGAUGGGCUUCCCUGCUGAGAAGAAGGUGAACAGGAACUUCUACAAGCGGUUGAAGCGCGCCACCAGGAUGAAGGGCCGGAGCCCAAAGCCAGGAAGCAGGCUGGCCUCCAAAUCUCAGCCUAAACAAAAGCGCAGGGAGGACGUAGGGUCCAAGAAGAGGCUCUUCACGGAGCGGCAGCAGCUCAACUACCGCCUGCACUCUGUGUCCUGCACAGGGACGGAGGUGCACCUCUCCAUGUGCGCCUUCGAGUUCUAUCGGGGCAACGCCUCGGCCGCCUGCGGGGCUGGCAUGCCCGCCGUCGUCAGCUGCGUGCCUGGGCCCCUCUUCGCCACUGGCAGUGCCCACAAGAAGAAGCAGCGCCAACAGCAGCAGAGCCAGGGGAGCCCCCCGCGGAUCCGGCUGAAGGGUGGUGCGAAGGUGGGCGAGGGCCGCGUCGAGGUGCUCAAGAGCAGCGAGUGGGGCACGAUCUGCGACGACCGCUGGAACCUGCUGUCAGCCAGCGUGGUGUGCCGCGAGCUGGGCUUUGGCAGCGCCAAGGAGGCCCUCACUGGGGCACGCAUGGGCCAAGGGACGGGUCCCAUCCACCUCAAUGAGGUGCAGUGCCUGGGCACCGAGAAGUCCCUUUGGAGCUGCCCCUUCAAGAACAUCACGCAGGAGGACUGCAAGCACACGGAGGACGCGGCCGUCCGCUGCAACAUCCCCUACAUGGGCUACGAGAACCUGAUCCGCCUAGCUGGCGGGAGGACGACAUUUGAGGGCCGCGUGGAGGUGAAGCGAGGCAGUAAGUGGGGCACGGUGUGCAGCGAUGGCUGGACCACCAAGGAGGCGAUGGUGGCCUGUCGCCAGCUCGGCCUGGGCUACUCCCUGCAUGCGGUGACGGCCAACGGGCCCUCCGGGCCCCGCCGCCUGCUCCGCUUCUCCUCCCAGAUCCACAACAACGGCCGCGCCGACUUCCGCCCCAAGGCCGGCCGGCACUCCUGGGUCUGGCACGAGUGCCACCGGCACUACCACAGCAUGGAUAUCUUCACCCACUACGACAUCCUGACCCCCAACGGCACCAAGGUGGCAGAGGGUCACAAGGCCAGCUUCUGCCUUGAGGACACUGAAUGCGAGGAAGACGUGGCCAAGCGGUACGAGUGUGCCAACUUUGGGGAGCAGGGCAUCACUGUGGGCUGCUGGGACCUGUACCGGCACGACAUCGACUGCCAGUGGAUCGACAUCACUGAUGUGAAGCCAGGCAACUACAUCUUGCAGGUGGUGAUCAACCCCAACUUUGAGGUGGCAGAGAGCGACUUCACCAACAACGCCAUGAAAUGCAACUGCAAGUACGACGGGCACCGCAUCUGGGUGCACAGCUGCCACAUCGGCGAUGCGCUCAGCGAGGAGGCCAACAAGCGGUUUGAGCAGUACCCAGGUCAGCUCAACAACCAGAUUUCGUAG